UACUGCUGUUUAUUUCGUCCAAAUUAAAACAUUGAAGCCUAGCUCAGGCUAGUUAGUUGAUCAUAGCAAUGGCAUCUGUUCUUUCUCUUCUCUCAUGUGUUGUGCUGGUCUUAGCUGCUUCUUUCAACCCUACAAGAGGGCAACUUGACCCCUGCUUCUACGAUAAGCUGUGCCCACACGCACUUCCGGCCAUCAAGGCGGUGAUCGAGGAGACGAUCGCAGUAGAGCCGCGGAUGGGCGCGUCGCUCCUCCGGUUGCAUUUUCACGAUUGCUUCGUCAAUGGUUGUGACGGGUCCAAUUUGUUAGAUGACACCCCUUUUUUCACCGGAGAGAAGAACGCGGCUCCGAAUAAGAAUUCGGCGAGGGGAUUCGAGGUGGUCGAUCGAAUCAAAGAUGCGGUUAACUACGCCUGCGGCGGCAACGUCGUCUCAUGCGCGGACAUCCUCGCGGUUGCGGCUCGUGACUCGGUGGCCGCGCUGGGGGGGCCAUCAUACCAGGUGCAGUUAGGCCGGCGAGACUCGACGACGGCGAGCGCGGCCGCGGCCAACAGCAGCAUCCCCGCCCCGACCUUCGACUUCGACCGCCUCCUCGCCAACUUCAACUCCCACGGCCUCUCCCUCGUCGACCUCGUCGCCCUCGCCGGCGGGCACACGCUGGGCUUCGCUCGGUGCAUUAACUUCCGCGACCGCCUCUACAACGAGACGGCCACGCUGGAUUCCGGUCUCGCCUCAUACCUAAAAUCGCAAUGCCCGCUAUCGGGCGGCGACGACAACCUCGCGCCUCUGGACGAUACCCCCGUGCGGUUCGACACGUCGUACUUCGACCGGCUCCUGCGGCGCAAGGGGCUGCUGCACUCGGACCAGCAGCUUUUCAAGGGUGACUGGGGUGGCGCUGAUGGGCUCGUGAGUUUCUAUAGCAGUAACCCUGAAGCUUUUGCUAAGGACUUUGGGGAGUCCAUGAUAAGGAUGGGAGCUUUGAGCCCCCUCACUGGGAGUGCCGGGGAAAUACGUUUGAAUUGCAGGAGGGUGAAUUAAUGGGCCUUAUUGGGCCUGUUACAUGGCCCUUUUGGGCUUUGUGUGUCUUGUGUACUAUUAUUUAGUUGUGGGCUUUUGUGGUUUGGGCCUCUGUGUUAAUGUUCUUGUGUUUGGUUGUUCAAUAAUGUAAACUGUUCUGAGGUUGGUUGAUGCCAUUUUCAAUGAAAUUGUAUUGUGGGGUUCUUAAUAAUUA